GUAAAAUAUUGUUACUAAUAUAAGUAUCCUUUGAUAUAAGGUAAAAAUGAAGUUUAUUCAAUUUUUUGCGGUUUUGGUUGGGAUUUUCGAAGUAUCCCAGCAGGCAAAAAUUAAAAAUAGGAUUCUUAAUGGUAAAGUAGUUUCUAUUGAAGAUUAUCCAUAUCAAGUACUUGUCAUAUGGAAUGUGUAUAUUCUAUCUGUUCCCCAGUGUGGUGGGUCUAUAAUAUCAGAAAAUUAUAUUCUCACUGCUGGUCAUUGUGUAACUAUUAAACAAAAUGAUGGAAAAAAAACAUGGGUACAAUUGCGACCUGAAAUGAUUACUGUUCUUCCAGGAAAAUCAAGUGCUGUUGAUUUGAGAUCAGCAGUUUCAAUUGCAAAGAUAAUAGUACAUCCUAAACUCAUUUUAAAGCAUGUUUUUAAUUCAAACGGUACCUGUACCGGGACAAAAGAGGUAAAAAAUGACAUUGCUAUGAUACGUCUUAAAAAUCCAUUAACAAUCUCUAAGACAAUAAGCAUAAUUAGGCUCCCAUCUCAAGAUGAACAAGAUUCUUCAUUUUGCGGUAAAAUAGCUGUGGUAACUGGAUUUGGAAAUACAUUUCACAAUCAACCUACACAAGAUUUGCAUGCUGUAAAUAUUACAAUGCCUGCAGUAAAUGACUGCGAAAACGGUUUUAUUUGUGUUUCAAAUGGAAAACCUCCAAGAGGAACUUGUCAAGGCGAUUCUGGAGGACCUUUGGUUAUAAAUGGAAUACAAUAUGGACUUACAUCAUAUGGAACAUCAAAUAUUUCUGCUCCAGAAAUAUUUUGUGAGGAUUUUCAUACUACGUAUUACGUUAAUAUCAUAAAAUAUAGAAAAUGGAUAUCCCAAAAUUCUGACGUCGACAAAAAAUAUAACUAUAUAUAAUAAUAUCUUGGAAUUAAAUAUAAAAUGGAAUUUAAAUAUUACUUAAUUUUUUGGAUAUAAUGAUUUUAAAACUAGUUGUAAUAAUCUAGAAAUAAAAAGUAAAUACUGGCAA